AUGCCACUUUCAAGAUCGCGAGGAAAAGACACUGGUCUUGGGAAGGCUAUUAUUAGGGACAGAUUUAAAGGAAAUUCCAGACCCAAAGAUGGCGAUACAGCUCUGCAUACAACAGAUUUGAAUGAUGGAGCCAAAUGGACGAAAUUACAAUCAAUAACUCAACAAAGUGACCUGGAUGAAUUUUUAAGUACAGCUCAGUUAGCGGGAACUCAGUUUACUGCCGAAAAAAUGAACAUCAAAGUAAUUACAAACACAUAUCAGAAUCCUUUCCUUCUUAGUGCAGACAAAGAAAAAGAAACACUGGCAAGACAUGAAGCUAAUAAAGAAAGAUUAGUUAUACCUAGAAGACCAAAAUGGGAUAAAACCACUACACCUGAACAGCUUGAAAGGAACGAGAGAAAUGCAUUCUUGCAAUGGAGACGUGAUCUUGCAGUUCUCCAAGAACAAGAUAAUUUUCUCCUUACUCCAUUUGAACGCAAUUUCGAAGUUUGGCGUCAGUUAUGGCGCGUAAUUGAACGAUCCGAUUUGAUCGUACAAAUAGUUGAUGCUAGAAAUCCUUUAUUUUUCCGCUCAGAAGAUUUAGAAAAAUAUGUAAAAGAAAUAAAUGAGAAGAAGAAAUGCAUGUUACUAAUUAAUAAGGCUGAUUUAUUGACAGCUCGUCAACGACUUGAAAAAAAGCAAAAUAUGCGGACUGAUAAUGAAACUAAUUCUUUUGUUGAUGAAAAAGAAAAGGAGAAUUUCGAAGAAAAUCCAUUAAAGGAAAAGCAUACAAACGUUGAAAACGACAUAUCAACAGACAAUUUAAGCGAGAAUGAUGAUGAAAUGUCGGAACAUUCAAAUACUAACGAACAAGAAUUUUUGGAAAACCAUAAUACCGAUGAUAAAUCUGAUCAUCGAGAACGUAUUAGUACAACCGAAGAUUUAAUUUCUAUGCUAGUUUCUGAAGCGAAGGAAGCGGGAGUUAACCAAGAUCAAAAGAUAACAAUAGGAUUGGUUGGUUAUCCUAAUGUGGGUAAAUCGUUUACAAUCAAUGCUCUUCUUGGAGAAAAGCGAGUUUCGGUUUCAUCAACUCCAGGAAAGACCAAACAUUUUCAAACCAUACAUCUCUCACCUUCGCUGGUACUAUGUGAUUGUCCAGGAUUAGUUUUUCCAAAUUUUGCGACAACAAAUGGUGAUAUGGUUUGCAAUGGCGUCUUACCUAUUGACCAAUUACGGGAGCAUACUGGACCCGUUGCGUUAAUUGCACAGAGAAUACCAAAAGCUAUAAUUGAAGCCAUAUAUGGUAUUAAAAUUAAAGUUAAACCAAUUGAAGAAGGUGGUACAGGAAUACCUUCAGCAGAAGAACUAAUGGUAGCUUAUGCAGUUUCUCGCGGUUAUACUAAAUCAGGACAUGGAAGUCCCGAUGAAUCGCGAGCCGCAAGAUAUAUAUUGAAAGAUUAUGUGAAUGGAAAACUUCCGUAUUGCCAUCCUCCGCCAACUGGAAUAUCAAAAGAGGAAUUCAACGCAGAGAUACAUGAUUUAAAACUUUAUACUAAACCGACAAAAAAGAAAACAAUUAUUCAACCCGUACCCUCGACAGUAAAUACAGAAGUAGCAUCUGAUGGUGUAACACCUAUGAUAGGAGACAUUUCACGGGAACUUGACAAGUCGUUUUUUAUUAAUCAGUCAUCGGGGGCAAGAAUUACAGGCAAAUAUUCUGCUGCAGGAGAGUUUAACAGAGUUAAACUCUAUCCAAUUCAUGGCACAUUAAGCGAUGGUGCUACCCCGACUAACGGAUCUCGAUUGACAUCAAAUAUGGGACCAGGUAAAAAGCGCCACUGGAAAGGAAGAAAGAAUCAAAAACAAUUUAAGAUAUAA